AUGGAGCCCAUCAAUAUUCUCGCGAAUCAGCGCCACGUGGGCUGCCUCGGUGGCGGCCAGCUGGGCCGCAUGAUGGCACAGGCCGCCUCGCGCCUCGGCGUGAUCAUGACGACGCUGGAUCCGGGCGGCUUGGACUCGCCGAUGGGCGCCGUGUGCGGCAAGGCGGUGACGGGCUCGUUCACAGAUCCCGUCAAGAUCCGCGAGCUCGCCAAGCUGGUCGACGUGGUCACCGUCGAGAUCGAGCAUGUCGAUGCCGUCGUCCUUGCCGAGCUCGAGGCGGAGGGCAUCGCGGUGCACCCCUCGGGCAAGACGAUCAUGCUCAUCCAGGACAAGUAUGCGCAGAAGAUCCACCUGUCAAAGCUGGGCGGCGCGGUGCCGCUCGGCGACUUUUGCGAGAUUCCCGACGUGGCCGCGCUGCUGAGCGCGGGCGAGCGCUGGGGCUACCCGAUCAUGCUGAAGGCGAAAAAGAAUGCGUACGACGGGCGCGGCAACCUGCCGGUUGGCUCGGCGGUCGAGGCGGCGAGCGCAUUCGCGACGCUCUCCAACAAUGGGAAGGAAGAGCUGUACGCGGAGAGGUGGUGCCUCUUCACCAAGGAGCUCGCGGUGAUGGUGGCGCGCUCGGCGAGUGGCGUGACGGUGAGCUAUCCGGUGGUUGAGAUGACAGCGAUCGACUCGCAGCUGCACACGGUGCUCGUUCCGGCGAGCAUCGACGAGGCGGCGCUCGCUUUGGCGUCGAAGAUAGCGUCCGCCGCCAUCGCGUCGCUCUCGGGUGGCGGCAUCUUCGGCGUCGAGCUCUUCCUGAUGCCGGAUGGUUCCGCCUUGCUCAACGAGAUCGCGCCUCGCCCGCACAACUCAGGCCACUAUACCAUGGACAGCUGCCACACAGACCAGUUUGAGAUGCACUUGCGAUGCGUGCUCGACCUUCCCCUGGGCUCGGCCGAGAUGAAGGCGCGCGCCCGCCGCCGCACCCUGCCGCGCCCUGUGCCUGUGGCCGCGAUGCUCAACGUGAUCGGAUCAGCCGACGGCUCGCUCCCCAAGACGCUCGCGUCGGUGCAGCGCGCGCUCACGAUGCCCAGCGCCUCAAUCCACUGGUAUGGCAAGAGCCCUCCGAAAGCGAAACGCAAGAUGGGGCACAUCAACGUCACGGCCACGAGCUCAGCCGGAGCUCUCGCGAUGCUGUCCACCCUCCAAGGGCUCGCGGACCAAACCCAGGCCGCGCCGCUCGUUGGCAUCAUCAUGGGCUCGGACUCGGACCUGCCCACCAUGCGCGCAGCCGCCGAGAUCCUUGAGCACUUCAAGGUGCCCUUCGAGCUGACGAUCGUCUCGGCGCAUCGCACACCGAAGCGCAUGUUCGAGUAUGCCCAAGCUGCGAGUGGACGUGGGCUGCAGUGUAUCAUCGCCGGCGCUGGCGGCGCUGCGCACCUUCCCGGCAUGGUGGCCGCGCUCACGCCGUUGCCUGUGAUCGGCGUGCCGGUCAAGUCUUCGGCGCUUUCGGGGAACGACUCUCUCCUCUCGAUCGUCCAGAUGCCACGGGGCGUGCCUGUGGCCACUGUGGCCAUCGGCAACGCCGCCAACGCUGGCCUGCUCGCCGUGCGCAUGCUCGGCAUGGCCGAUCGAAAGCUGCGCGCGGCGAUGGCCACCUUCAUGGCAGAGGAGGAGGCCACGGUGCUUGCCAAAGCCGCCAAGCUCGAGAAAGAGGGCUACGCCGCGUACGCGGCCCCGCCGUCAGGCAUGUGA